CUUACUUGCAAGAAGCCACUAUAUGAUACUAACAAAAGCCCGUUUAAAAAAUAAACCAAGAAAAAACAACUCUUAUCUCAAAUAUCCUUUAGCCUCGCUCUGUUUCUUUCCUGUCUACAAUGGGUGAGGAGAAAGAAAGGAAAAUUCCAGUGUUUACAGUGAUAAAGAACGGAGCAAUUCUCAAGAACAUUUUUGUCAUCAACAAACCACAAGAAAUGGAAGACGAAGAAGACCCACAUAAUCAAACUGAAGAAAUUUUGAUUGUUGGUAGACACCCAGAUUGCAACAUCAUGUUAACUCAUCCUAGCAUCAGCAGAUUCCACCUGCAAAUUCACUCCAAACCCUCUUCCCAGAAACUCUCUGUCCUCGACUUAUCAUCUGUUCAUGGGACCUGGGUUUCGGGGAAGAAGAUUGACCCUGGAGUUGUGGUGGAACUGAAUGAAGAUGAUACUAUAAAAAUUGGUGGCUCAACUAGAAUUUAUAAGCUGCAUUGGAUUCCUAUGAGUAGUGCCUAUGAUAUGGAAAACCCCUUUUUAUCGGCUAUGGAUUUACCCAUUGAAGAAGAGAAAGAGGAGGAAAGUGUAGAGGAAUCACAUCAGGGGGAGAAUACAAUUUUAACUGAAAAUGAAUGUAAUGAGGGCAAAUAUGCAUUGCCGGAGGAAGGACAAGAAGAAGAAACAUUUCAGGAUCAGAGUUCUGUACCAGCAGAAGAUGAAGAACUUGACGCAAUGGAUGCGGUUUUGGAGGGUUUAGUUUCUUUGUUUUCUGAUGAGAGUGCAGGAGUACUUAUGAAGAAAGAGAUUCCAUCAGCACCUCCGAUGCCUGAAAAUAUGAAUUAUUCAAUAUAUUGUGACGAAUCUGAGAGCACAUUGAGGAAUAACCUUGGAGAGAGGGAACUUUUAUGUCUCCAGUCUGAGCUUUCAAGCAAUAUUUCAGAAGAACUGGAUAUGGUUGUUGAGGGGGUUAUCUCUGAAUCCCGAAAUCAAAAGUUCGGCAAAGAUAACAAGAGCAUCCUGCCAGAGACUGUCACAGAAGCAAUAUCAGAAGGAGAGAACCUAGAGAGAUCCCUAAGAAAAUCAGAGCUAGAAACUGAUCACUCAGAGAAUAGUGAUCCUUCAUUUGUAGAACUGGAUAACUAUUCAGCCAAUGAAAUAGUUGAAGAAACUGAGAACAGAGGACCACUGCAAGCGAGCCAGCAAAAGAGGAUUGUUUCAAGACUUUCCACUGCUCCUCACCUGAUAGAAUCAAUUAACUCCGCUUUGCAAGACGAAGAUGUACUUUUGAAUAUCAAAUCUCAACAAGUACAAAAAGAAAACCAGACCCCCAAGCUCCUUUCUUCUUUGAAAGGAAAGAAGGAGAAUGCUGCAGCAGAUCAAGAGUCAAUCUUGACGGUGAACCUGGAUUCUACAUGUUCUGAUGGAUGCAAAGACUGUCUCUCUGGAAAUGUUAAGGAUGCUGAAAACCAGACCCUAUCACGGAAAGACUAUCAAAACGAAAACACAAGUUUCUGUUCUGCUCCUCUCCCAACAGAAUCAGUCAACUCAUCUUUGCCUAUUGGUGGUGAAGUUUUCUCUGAGUUUACAGAUGAUAAAAGGAACCCAACCCCACAAUCUUUCUUUGCUCCUGCAUUGCUGUAUGAAGACGAGAAUUUAGAGAGCUCUCCCCUGAGGUUAGAGAAAAAAUCCAACUUGCAUAGUAUUUGGUCCAGAAGAGGUAAAUCUGCUUCUGUUCUUCAGAUUCAAACUGGGAGGAGCACGGGAAAAGCUGUUGAAGGCACCAACAAUGCAGAAAAUAAAUCAAUUCUAAAAUCUCUUUUUGUUUGCUCAGAAGAGGCGGAAGAAGAAAUCUAUACUCCAGACAAGGAGAAUUUCACCCCAAACACUCUUUUAAUGAAAGCGUUGAAAAGAAAGGGCAAGCUAGAAGAAAUUGAACGUUCUUCAGAGGUUACUUUUAGCCCUGAUCUUCAGCCAGAAGACAACGUGGUCGCCUCAGACAAAGAAAAUCAGACACCAAAACUUAUCAAAGACCUUAAAUCAGCAAGAAGGGCAUCUCCAAAUCAACCAAAGUUAGAACAAGAGAGAAUGGUGUUCAAGGGAAAAGUAGAAAGGGUGCCAUUUCAAUCUCUGCUGGUGGACUCUGCUUGCAAAAGUGUAUCGGAAGCCUCAGUCCCCAAGACUACAGCACAAAGUAGCAAUUCUAAUACUUUCAAUUAUAAAUCAACAGAGAAGAAGAUUGCUCUUCCAUCUUCGAACAAAUAUGUUGCAGAGGGAAGGAGGACUUGGACCAUGGUAGCAGACACUACUUCUCUGAUGGACAAGGAAUCAAGGAAGUCAUUAGAGCUUUUACAAGGUCUCAAAGGGAUGCGAUUGAUCAUUCCAAGAAUUGUCAUAAGGGAGCUGGAUUGUUUGAAGCGACGUGGAAGUCUAUUCAGAAGAACAACAGAAGCCUCUUCAGUUUUGAAAUGGAUUGAAGACUGUAUGUUGAAAUCAAAAUGGUGGAUCCAUGUCCAGAGCACUAUGGAGGAAGGAGGGCCAAUAGCACCAACUCCACCUGCCACUCCUGAAUCUCAGUUCAGUGAAGGCAGUAUGGGAAAUCCCUUUGGGACAACGAGGUCAGCACCAUUUUCAGCCCGGGGAGGUCUAAUGGAAAUUGCUUCACCCACAGCAGAAGAUCAUAUCCUUGAUUGUGCCCUUCUUUUUAGGAAAAUGAAAAGUGAUGGACAGUUCGUCCUGCUUAGUAACGAUGUCACGCUAAAGAUCAAAGCCAUGGCAGAGGGUUUGAUCUGUGAGACAGUGCAAGAAUUCCGCGAAAGUCUGGUGAGCCCCUUCUCUGAGAGGUUUAUGUGGGUUGACAGCUCUCCUAGAGGACAGACUUGGUCAGUCUUGGAUGAUGUAGUUUUGAGGGACAAGUAUAACCGUUUCCCCCCAAGGAAGGCAUCCAAGGGAGAUGUGAAGGGUUUGAAACUCAUCUUGCUUCAUAAUUCCCACUAUGGACAGAUCAGUUCAGUCCGCUAAAAUAAUUGAGCCUGUGGUUUAAUACUAGAUGUUAUGUUUUUGAACAUAAUUGCUUACGAUAAAGCAUAUACCAUUGUUGUCCUCUUUGUCCAAAUAGUAUUAUUGGUUUCACUAUAUAGUGCUGGCUGGGAUAAAAAAUAAACCAGGCAUGAUGUGGUGUCUUAUAAUUAUUCACAUAAUCAUGCACUAAGGUUCACUGGCAUAUCAUUGUUCCUGUGGCAUUGGAGGCUGGGGAAGAUACUGAGGAGGUGGCAAUGGAUAAGGCUGGUAGUAUUGAUGAUAUCUCCUUUCUGAAGGUUAGUUGGUUCCAGAGUCAAUCCAAUACAAUUGAGCAUCUUUCCCUGCUAGCAGCAUAAGAAUUUUGCCAGGUUCUAUGUUGCUAGAACAUCAGAGGCAGAAUUUGGUCCUAGUCAAAAGUAAAGACAUGAGUAGACUAACAAAUGUUUAUUGCUGCAAUUCUUAACGAAAUAUAUCAUUUUCUGAAGUAUUAGCCAUAUCUGGUAUUUGGUCCACAUGGCUUUGGACGAUUGGAAGGAACCUGUUUCCAGUACAGCGCCAGAUGAGAUGGAUUCUUAGCCAAGGCCAACUCAAAAAAUGGAUGGUGAAAGUAGUGCCCAAAUUCAUGCUUAAGUGAGA